AUGAAUAAAAUAGCUAGCAGGAGAUGGCUUCAUGUACUUGGCCCAGCUCAGCACAAUUUAGGCUUCAUAAUUGUCCCACAGCAAGAAGCUAUCGUCAUAGAGAGACUAGGCAAGUUCCGCACAAUCCUCAGCCCAGGCUUAAACGUCUUAAUCCCUUUUCUCGAUAAAAUCAUGUAUCGUCACUCUCUCAAAGAAGAAGUCUACCAAAUUUCGUCACAGAUGGCAAUCACAAAGGACAAUGUUACUAUAAACCUUGACGGGGUUUUGUAUUUAAAAAUUAUAGACCCUUAUAAAGCGUCGUAUGGUGUCGGAGACCCAGUUGAGGCCAUGAAACAACUGGCGCAGACCACUAUGAGGUCAGAAUUAGGGAAACUUACAUUAGAUAGGACUUUUGAAGAAAGGGAAACAUUGAAUAACGCAAUUGUGGACGCUAUCAAUGAAGCUGCAACUGAAUGGGGGAUUAAGUGUAUGAGAUAUGAAAUCAGGGAUAUUACAACCCCAGCGAAUAUUAAAAAAGCUAUGGAACUUCAAGCAGAAGCAGAAAGGCAAAAAAGAGCUGACAUUUUGACCUCAGAAGGUAAAAAGCAAGCUGAUAUAAACUUAGCUGAAGGGUAUAGACAGUCAUCUAUAUUAAAAGCUGAAGGAGAAGCCAAAGCAAUUAUAACGAAAGCUAAUGCUACUGGAGAAGGGAUCAGGCUACUGAGGUUAAGUAUAUUGGAAGAAGGAGGUGAUGAUGCUGUAAAAUUAAGAUUAGCGGAAAAAUAUAUUGAGGCUUUUAAUGGGAUGGCCAAAAAGAACAAUACUAUGAUCGUGCCAAGUGAGUCUGGAAAUGUAGCAGGGACAGUCGCACAAGCAUUGGGGGUGUAUUCACAGAUGGGAGGAAGAGCUAAUAAAGAAGCAGCAACAAAAGCUGCGAAAAAUGUGAAAACAACGCAGUUCAAUGAUCCGAUUUUAGACAGCAGUGCAACUGAAGAAGAAAAGCCUAACUAA